AAAAAACUUCUAAUAUCCAACCCGAGUGCAUUUCUUAGUUAACCACGAGAGCCAAACGAAACUACAAAUCUCGAACGGUACGAACGAAACUCAACGAGAAAUAGUAGUUGGUAUCAAUAUUUUCCUACCUCAAAAAAAAAAAAAAAUUCCAAUUUCCAAAAUUAUCACAAUCACAAUCACCGGCCUAUUGCUAUUAACAAAGAUCCAAUACAUAGUGACAAAAAUUCAAAUGCUCGCAAUUUCUCGCCAUUGAUAUUUCAAUUCCUGAAGAAAGAAAGGUAAAUUGUUUUUUCUAGAAACAGAACGAGAUGGGAAUUUUGGGAGUGAUUCUGAAGAAUCCAGAUGAUUUGUAUCCGUUGUUGAAGCUCAAAAUCGCGGCGAGGAACGCCGAGAAGCAGAUCCCGCCGGAACCGCAUUGGGGAUUCUGUUACUCUAUGCUUCAUAAAGUUUCUAGAAGCUUCGGUCUCGUUAUUCAGCAGCUUCGUCCCGAGCUUCGCGAUGCCGUUUGCAUAUUCUAUUUGGUUCUUCGUGCUCUUGAUACCGUUGAGGAUGAUACUAGUGUAGAGACAGAUGUCAAGGUUCCGAUACUAAUAGCUUUUCAUCGCCACAUCUACGAUCAUGAUUGGCACUUUGGAUGCGGUACGAAGGAGUACAAAGUUCUAAUGGACCAGUUUCAUCAUGUUUCAACGGCUUUUCUGGAACUUGGAAAGAACUACCAGGAUGCAAUUGAAGACAUUACCAAAAGAAUGGGUGCUGGAAUGGCCAAAUUUAUUUGCAAGGAGGUAGAAACAAUUGAUGACUACGAUGAAUAUUGCCACUAUGUGGCAGGACUUGUUGGGCUUGGUUUAUCAAAACUUUUCUACGCCUCUGGUACAGAAGAUCUGGCAACAGACGACCUUUCAAAUUCAAUGGGUUUGUUUCUUCAGAAAACCAACAUUAUUAGAGAUUAUCUGGAAGACAUCAAUGAGAUACCAAAGUCACGCAUGUUUUGGCCACGGCAGAUCUGGAGUAAAUAUGUUAGCAAACUUGAGGACUUGAAAUAUGAGGAAAACUCCGUUAAGGCUGUGCAGUGCUUAAACGACAUGGUCACUAAUGCUUUGUUGCAUGCUGAAGAUAGCUUAAAAUACAUGGCUGCAUUACGAGACCCCUCUAUAUUUCGCUUUUGUGCUAUUCCUCAGAUAAUGGCAAUUGGAACACUUGCAAUAUGCUACAACAACAUUGGUGUCUUCAGAGGUGUAGUUAAAAUGAGGCGAGGUCUAACUGCCAAAGUGAUUGACCGAACAAAGACUAUGACUGAUGUCUAUGGGGCUUUCUUUGAUUUUUCUUCCAUGUUGGAGUCCAAGGUUGACAAACAUGACCCCAAUGCAACAAAAACAUUGAGCAGGCUGGAAGCUAUACAGAAAACUUGCAGAGAAUCUGGUCUCCUAACCAAAAGGAAAUCUUAUGUUUUGGGGAAUGAGAGCGGAUAUGGCCCGACUAUGAUUUUCAUACUGGUCAUCUUGUUUUCCAUCAUUUUUGCUUAUCUCUCCGCCAACCAUCAUAGUAACUGAUCAACUGGUUUUCUUGCCUUUUGCUUACAUGGAUAGCAAUGGAACGCCAGUAGGAUGCUCCAUUCACCAAAAGUGAAUUUACAUGCAUGGGAGUGAUAUUUUGAUGCAUGCAGUUUGAAAAUUGUGUAUUCUAUUUGAAUUGAAUAGUAGAAAUAGAUAUAGUUCCUAGUUUCCUCUGUUGGAUUUAACUUUACCUCUAUAGUUUGUUAUUAUGGGCAUUGUCAGUUGAUUAUAUAUAUGUUGGAGUUCCCUCCUCCCUC